ACGUGACACGCACAACGUGACACGCAAAAUUAGAUUAUCAGUUACGUUUAGUUUGUGAAUCUAACAGAAUGUUUCUGGAAGCUGUUCCUUUGGAUCAUUAGAACGGAAAUACUGAAUAAGGACAGUAGCGGCUUAGAAUAAAUGAUUUCGCAUAAAUUGGUUUCUUCGCUUUCUGAAAAAAUGCCGAUUGACGUGAGGGAACAAGUGGUGUUGCCCGUGAAGAAAUAUUUGAAAAUGGAGGCUGUUUCAUCGCAGGGUAUCCGAUUCAAGCGGCAACACGAGUUCUUUGAGGAUGGAGACGUGCACCGUCAUCGCUACAUUCAGGAUUUACUAACAAGCAUUGGAAAAGUGAAAGAAACCAGCAAGUUGUCUUUGUUCUGUUGCCAAACUGUUGGUUGCAGUCAUAUUUUUGACACCUUGGAGUUGUAUGAGCACCAUUAUAAUACCAUGCACAGGAAUGCGUGUACCUCUUGUAAACAUUUCUUCCCCACUACGCGACUUCUUGACAUUCACAUUUUUGAGUGUCAUGAUUCUAUAUUUCAAAUCAAGGCUGAAAAGGGCAACAUGUACCAGUGCUUGGUGGAAGGCUGUAUGGAAAAUUUCAAAACUGACAUGGAGCGGAAAACUCACUUGAUCAAAAUGCACUUUUACCCAUCUGAUCUUUGCUUUGACAGAACCAAAAAUGUAAAAAGUGAGAAUAAACAAAAACCGAUUCCAAGGAAGGAUGCAACCAUGGCUAUUGUGACUGGAGAAGAAUCUAUGGAUAUAUGUGCUGUGCAAUUUGAUGAGAAAUCCUCCAAUAGCGUUAUGCCUCAAAAGAUAACUUCAACUUGCUUACAUACAAAAUACAGGAUCCCUUCUACUAUUUGCUUUGGUCAUGGAACGGUGAGAGGAUUCAGCUUUGAAAAAUGAUAUGAUCUAUGAUAAUUUAUAUUUUCUUUAGGCAAUGCUAUGGUUUUACCUUCUCACAGAUAUUAAAAAUUUUUGACUGUAGCUAUGGCUGUGCACAAGUGUAAUAAAAUCCUUUUUAUA